AUGAGCGCAUCCAACAGCACCAGAGCACUAACUUUGGCGCACGGCUCAAUUGAGCACGUUCUACCUGUACCAACCGCGUCCUUUUUCCCAGGGUCCCAGUUGCAGGACCAAUUCUCUAAGCAAUUGCCACAGGUGUCUGAGGGUUUCGUUGCUGACAACGAGCCUUCGUCCCCAGCAGAGCUUUUAGGACAAUUUCUCGGCUAUGUGGCCUCUCUGGUCGACCCUUCCACUAAGGGCCAAUUCGACGAUGUUUUGACUGUCGCUCUAGCCGAAUUCGAAAAUAGCUACCUACAAGGUAACGAUGUACACGCGUUGGCCGCCAAGCUUCUGGCCGACGAGGACGUUUAUCCAACCACCCUAGACAAAGUCAAAGAAAUGAUCAGAAACUACUUCAACGCUCGCACUGCGGCUCAAAGACCAUUUACAAAAUCGGAUUCUGCUCUUUUCAAAAGCGCUGCUGCUAAGGAAUCCCAAUUAGUCGCCAUCUUUGGCGGUCAAGGUAACACCGACGACUAUUUCGAAGAGUUGCGUGAACUAUAUCAAACUUACCACAGUAUUAUUUCUGACGUUAUAGAAGCGGCUGCCUUCAGAUUGGCGGAACUUGUCAAAUCUACCGACGAUACUGAAAAAGUUUACACACAGGGCUUCGACGUUCUACAGUGGUUACAGAAACCAGAAACUACUCCAGACAAUGCUUAUCUAUUGUCUAUUCCGAUUUCAUGCCCUAUGAUUGGUGUCAUUCAAUUGGUGCAUUAUGCGGUCACCGCCCGUGUUCUUGGCUUCACUCCUGGUGAGUUGAGAUCACAUUUGGUCGGUGCUACUGGCCAUUCUCAAGGUCUGGCUACUGCUGUCGCCAUUGCCGAAGCCGACUCUUGGGAUUCAUUCUUCAAAUCUUUGAGUAAGACUAUCACCCUCUUAUUUUUCAUCGGUGUGCGUUGUUACCAGGCUUAUCCAAACACUUCCUUGCCACCAUCCAUGCUAGAAGACUCUGCUGAGAACGGCGAAGGUACCCCAUCUCCAAUGUUGUCGAUCUCCAAUUUGACAAAAGAACAAGUUCAAAAAUACGUUGAUCAAACGAAUGCCCACUUGCCAACUGAAAAGCACAUCGUGAUCUCUUUGAUAAACGGUGCCAGAAAUUUGGUAGUUAGUGGUCCCCCACAAUCCUUGUAUGGUUUGAACUUGACAUUGAGAAAGGCCAAAGCUCCAGCUGGUUUGGACCAAGCCAGAAUUCCACACAGUGAAAGAAAGCUCAAAUUUUUCAACAGAUUUCUUCCAAUCGCUUCCCCAUUCCAUUCUCACCUGCUAGAACCCGCUAACGCAUUUAUUAAGCAGGACCUUCAAGAUGCUGGCAUGGAAUUCAAACAAUCAGAUUUGAAAAUUCCUGUUUAUGACACUUUUGACGGUAAAGAUCUAAGAGAAUUCGACGGAUCUUUGGCCGAGAGAAUCACUUUGUGUAUUACCAAGCUACCAGUCAACUGGGAAAAAACCACAGAAUUUAGCUCGACACACAUUUUGGACUUUGGUCCAGGAGGUUCUUCAGGUUUGGGUGUUUUGACCCAUCGUAACAAGGAUGGUACCGGUGUCCGUGUCAUUGUCGCGGGCGCCCUUGAGAGCAGUUUGGAUGACGAAUAUGGAUUCAAGCAAGAGAUUUUCGACGUUUCCUCCAAUGGUCUCAAGUUCUCUCCCAACUGGCUCAGAGAAUAUUCUCCCAAGUUGGUCAAGACCAAGGCAGGCAAAGUUUAUGUUGAUACCAAAUUCUCCAAACUUUUGGGCCGUGCUCCAUUAUUGGUUCCAGGUAUGACUCCUUGUACUGUUUCCCCAGACUUUGUUGCUGCCACUAUUAAUGCAGGUUACAGCAUUGAAUUGGCCGGAGGUGGUUAUUUCACUCCUGCUCAUAUGACCGGCGCAAUCGACUCGGUUAUUUCUCAAAUCAAGAAGGGUUAUGGUCUUGGAAUCAAUUUAAUCUAUGUCAACCCAAGAAUGUUGCAAUGGGGUAUUCCUAUGAUUAAGGAACUAAGAGAUAAGGGCUACCCUAUCCAGUCUUUGACCAUCGGUGCCGGUGUUCCAUCUUUAGAGGUUGCUUCUGAAUAUAUUGAAACUUUGGGCUUGACUUACUUGGGUUUAAAGCCUGGUUCUAUGGAUGCUAUUUCUCAAGUCAUCGCCAUUGCCAAAGCUCACCCAAGCUUCCCUAUUGUUCUACAAUGGACUGGUGGUAGAGGUGGUGGCCAUCACUCGUUUGAGGAUUUCCACUCCCCAAUCUUCCAAAUGUACUCCAAAAUCAGAAGACACUCCAAUAUUAUCUUGGUAGCCGGUUCUGGUUUCGGUUCUGCUCAAGACACCUAUCCCUAUUUGACUGGUGAAUGGUCAACUAAGUUUAACUAUCCACCAAUGCCUUAUGAUGGUUUCUUGUUUGGCUCGAGAGUCAUGAUCGCCAAGGAGGCUAAGACUUCUCCAGAUGCUAAGAAAGCUAUUGCCGCUUGUACUGGUAUUACAGAUGAUAAAUGGGAACAAACCUACAAGAAACCAACCGGUGGUAUCGUCACUGUCCGUUCCGAAAUGGGUGAACCUAUUCACAAGAUCGCAACCAGAGGUGUCAUGCUAUGGAAGGAGCUCGAUGAAACUAUUUUCAACUUGCCAAAGAAUAAAUUACAACCUGCCUUGGACGCCAAGAAGGACUACAUUAUCGCGAAACUAAAUUCUGAUUUCCAAAAGCCAUGGUUCGCCACUGUUGAUGGUCAGGUUCGCGAUAUUACUGACAUGACCUACGAGGAGGUUGCUCAAAGAGUGAUAGAGUUAAUGUACUUGAAAUCAGCUGACAAGUGGAUUGAUGUUUCUUGGAGAAAUUUCUCCGGUGACUUCUUGCGUCGUGUUGAAGAGCGUUUCACCAAGGAAAAGACUGCUUCCUUGAUUCAAUCUUACUCUGAUCUCGACCAACCCGAAAAAGUUUUAGCCACUAUCUUUGAUGCUUACCCAGCUGCCAAAACUCAAUAUUUGAAUGCCCAGGAUGUGGACUACUUUUUGAGCUUGUGCCAAAGCCCAACUCAGAAACCUGUCCCAUUUGUGCCAGUAUUGGAUCACAGAUUUGAAUUUUUCUUCAAGAAAGAUUCUUUGUGGCAAUCCGAAUACUUAGAAGCUGUUGUUGAUCAAGAUGUCCAAAGAACCUGUAUCUUGCACGGUCCAGUUGCUGCUCAAUUCACCAAUGAGAUUGAUGAGCCAAUUCAAAGUAUGAUGGAUGGUAUUCAUGAGGGCCACAUUGAAAUGUUAUUGAAAGAGUACUACAAUAACGAUAACUCCAGCAUCCCUGUUGUUGAGUAUUUCGGCGGUGAAGACCCAGAAACAGUAAACUUUGACUCCGUGGAAACAAACGGUAAAAUCAUCUACCGUGCCUCUGCUUCUACCAACGAAUCUGAAUGGUUCAAGUUAUUGGCCGGUUCGGAAAGAAAUUGGAGACACGCGUUCUUUACAACCACACGUGUUGUUCAAGACUCGUUCUAUGCCAAUAACCCACUUCAAAAGGUGUUCAAGCCCACUGCUAACUCGGUAGUCGAAGUUUCUCAUCCAAAUGAUGCUUCGAAGUGCGUCAUCCGCUUGCUGGAACCAGUCCAAGGUGCUUUGAAAACAACAGUGUGCUUGACAGGUCUUGUGAACGAUGACUUGAUCUCGCUACAAUUGGUUGAGAAUAGGACUAUGGAUGGAAAACCUGUCGUUCUUGACUUAUUGUACAAAUACCAGCCUGAAGAUGGUUUCGCCCCUAUUUCCGAAGUAAUGAGUGGUCGUAACGAUCGUAUCAAAGAGAUGUACUGGAAACUAUGGGUUGAUGAACCAUUUAACUUAGACUUUGACCCUAGAAAGACGAUUGAAGGUGGUGAAGUUACAAUUUCCGCCAAGGAUAUUGCCGAGUUUACCCACGCUAUUGGUAACAAGUGUGAAGAUUUUGUAUCAAGACCAGGAAAAAAGCUUUUGGCCCCAAUGGAUUUCGCAAUUGUUGUCGGUUGGAGAGUCAUUAUUAAGGCUAUUUUCCCUAAAACUGUUGACGGUGAUCUUUUGAAACUGGUUCACAUGGCAAAUGGAUACAAAAUGAUUCCAGGUGCUAAACCACUACAAGAGGGUGAUGUUAUCUCUUCCACUGCUGUCGUUAAGAGCGUUGUAAAUCAACCAAACGGUAAAAUUGUCGAGGUUGUUGGAACUUUGAGUAGGAAGGGCGUGCCCGUUAUGGAGGUGACGUCUACUUUCUUCUACCGCGGCAAGUACACCGACUUCGAAAACACUUUUGAAAAGAUCACAGAGCCUGUCUAUCAAGUCAAAAUAAACUCUGCUAAGGAUGUUGCUGUUUUACGCUCGAAGGAGUGGUUUCAAUUGGACGAUGAAGACAUUGACUUGCUAGGAAAGACGUUGACCUUUGAGACAGAUACUGCCGUGACUUUCAAGGACCAAACAGUUUUCAACACUGUUAAGUGCGAAGGUAAAAUCAAAAUGGAACUACCAACCAAGGAGAACGUGGAAAUUGGUGUUGUCGAUUACGAGGCUGGUGAAUCCCACGGUAAUCCGGUUGUAGACUACCUGAGUAGAAACGGCUCUACGUUGGAGCAAAAAGUUAACUUGGAAAAUGCCAUUCCUAUUGCCACCAAGGAGUCACAGGCACCAGGUACUAAUGAGCCAUAUGCAAGAGUAUCUGGUGACUUGAACCCUAUUCACGUCUCUCGUCACUUUGCUGACUACGCUAAUCUACCCGGUACCAUCACUCAUGGUAUGUACUCCUCUGCCGCUGUUCGUGCGUUAGUAGAAACUUGGGCCGCUGAUAAUGUUUCAUCUAGAGUUCGUGCCUACAGCUGUCAAUUUGUGGGCAUGGUGCUCCCUAACACACCUCUCAAGACCACCAUCCAGCAUGUCGGUAUGAUCAAUGGUCGUAAGUUGAUCAAAUUCGAGACGAAGAACGAUAACGACGAAACGGUUAUGACCGGUGAGGCUGAAGUUGAACAACCAGUUUCGACUUUUGUGUUUACCGGACAAGGUUCUCAGGAACAAGGAAUGGGAAUGGACUUGUAUGAAAAGUCUGAGGUUGCUAAGACUGUCUGGGACAGAGCUGAUGCUCACUUCAAAAAGACCUACGGCUUCUCCAUUCUGGAAAUUGUGAGAAAAAACCCUACCGAAAUGACCAUUUACUUUGGUGGUGAGAAGGGUAGAAAGAUCAAGGCUAACUACACACAAAUGAUUUUUGAAACUAUUGUCGACGGCGAAUUGAAGACCGAGAAGAUUUUCAAAGAUAUCGUCGAGGAAACGACCUCUUACACAUUCAAAUCACCUACCGGUUUGUUGUCUGCCACUCAAUUCACACAACCAGCCUUGACUUUGAUGGAAAAAGCAUCAUUUGAAGACUUGAAAUCCAAGGGAUUGAUUCCAGCAGACGCUGCUUUCGCAGGUCACUCUUUGGGUGAAUAUGCAGCUCUAGCGUCUUUGGCUGACGUCAUGUCUAUCGAGUCUCUGGUCGAGGUCGUCUUUUACAGAGGUAUGACCAUGCAAGUGGCUGUUCCAAGAGAUGACCUGGGUAGAUCUAACUACGGUAUGGUUGCUGUGAAUCCUAGUCGUGUUUCUGCUAGCUUCAACCAAGAGGCCUUGAAGUUUGUCGUUCAAUGUGUUGACAAGAGAACAGGGUGGCUAGUAGAGAUUGUUAACUACAAUGUCGAAAAUCAACAAUAUGUUGCUGCUGGUGACUUGAGAGCACUUGAUACUCUAACCAAUGUUCUCAACUUCGUCAAGGUGCAAAAGAUUGAUAUUGUCAAACUACAAGCCUCUAUGUCGUUAGAAGAAGUCGAGAGCCACUUGAGUGAAAUUAUUGACGAGGUUUCCAAAAAAUCCUUGACUAAACCUCAACCAAUUGAUUUGGAAAGAGGAUUUGCUUGUAUUCCACUAAAGGGGAUCUCUGUUCCAUUUCACUCUUCUUACCUAAGAAACGGUGUUAAGCCAUUCAAGAACUUUUUGAAGAAAAACAUUGUCAAGGAAAACGUAAAUGCUGACAGAUUGAUCGGUAAGUACAUUCCUAACUUGACUGCUAAGCCAUUCGAAAUCACAAAAGAAUACUUCCAAGAUGUUUAUGACUUGACUGGUUCCGAAAAGGUGAAAGAGAUUUUGGACAACUGGGAAAAAUACCAAAACUGA